AUGGGAGUGGGCACACAACUUCACUCCUUUCAUCGAGGCGGAACUGAAAUGGUCUGCUUCCAGCCUCUCGACUCGAAUCAUGGCACCCCGCCAACCGAUCCUAUCAUUUGCGACGGCCAGGUCGAUGUCGGCUCUUAUGACGGUGAACUGGCGUCAAAGCUGAGUGGAACAUGCCACGAUUCACGGGAUAAGCUGGUUCGAGCAACAGCUGUUCGGAAUGUUCGUUCAAAGAUGCGCAUCGCAUGGAGAAUGCAGCAUGCUGCACCAAGAUGUAACGCGCCGAGCGGAUUGUCGAGCCACGUUUGGUCUCACGCCAAAUUUGCCCGGUACAUUUGCAAAUUUGCGGUUGGCACUCCUACACACGAAGCCAUCUUGCUAAGCACUUGGACUCCAACGCAUCCCAACGAGUUACAUGUGAUUGAGGAUUCGAUUGACGCCAAGAUGGUUGAGGAUAUUAUGGCGGAGGCGACGGACUGCUAUCCGAAAAAUGCCAAGAUGUUGAAAAAGUGGAUGGCCGAGAAGUUGCAGCCUCUU